AUGGUAUCUUCCAAUCCAAAAACUUUGUCCGUAAAAGCCUCCUACGAGGAACCUGCACUCAAUGCUUCCGACGACCCACUUGACUGGGAUUCUUGGCUCACACCAGAGGCUCUCCUCGACGAAACAGAUCCGAGUCAGCUGUUACUGCAACGUACCCCUCAGCCUCAUUUUGAAGUUCCAGAGAUCUGCCUGCCAUCUGAUCAGUGCUUGCAGAUGGCACAGUCCAUUGACACAAACAAGAAGCCUAGAGCCACAAUUUCAAGUCCAGGCGUAUAUGCCUUUACGAGACACGGGAACAAAAAAGUUUCAUCCCUCGUCAACAUCAAAAAUGAACAGCCUCAAUAUUCAGAGUCUAAUGGUGCAUUUGGCCCUGAGAAGUCAUUUCUCACAUCACCAAAUGUCGACAACCUGAUAGGGCAAGAUACCGAAAGAGGGCUCUCUCGCGACCCCAGGCCAGUCAACAAUUGGUCUCAUGCAGAUCAAUACAUUGACUGCAUUCAAAAUAUAUGCCAUAUUGCAACUGGAGAGACAUUGAGCCACAAUCAAGCUCGAAGAAUCGAAAACUGUUGUAAUUGUUUGGUCACAGACUUACUAUCCAACGAUCCUAGUGUUGCUUUAAAGUUCUACACAGUCAAUUGUCACCUGGAUGCUUUACCUAGGGUUGACCUUUAUGUCUUGGAUUCUUCUCUGACAGCAUGCGUGGCAUAUUUGAGGUACCUCAACUCAGUCGGCGUUUCGACUGCGAAGCCAGAUGAUCUGAAUCGUCGCCUCGCCCAGAUUUGGAUCCAUAUUCAUUUCGAAAAUUAUGUCAAUGACUUGAAGAAGAAUGAAGCAGAAGGCGUUCCGAUAAACCGCCGGGGUCGGGCCGUCUCCACUAUAGCCAGAGAUUCUAUCUUACAGGCUGUUUAUGGUUCUCAAUUCAUGCCCCAAAAAGCCGAUCGUGAUUUUUUGAGCGACCAAUGCCGUUGGGGCGAGCGUUGGUGGAAAGUUGCUACUUUUUUGGGGCUUGGUGUGGUUUUAUUAGCUAACGAUCACUUUGUAAACCAUAUAGGCAGAAGAACUGCAUUCCAGAAUAAGAUGGUAGAUACGCUGGUCAUAUAUUUUCUCAAUCGCUACCCGGAUCUAAUUAGUUUUUAUCGGUCUUUUGAUCCUAUGGCUAUAGGCCUUAUGUCCGGAGCUAACAAGUUCUGCUCCCGAGACCAACCAAGCAUCUUGCCAGAAGAGCUUGCGGAGGACGAAGUUUCUAUGUUACACAAGCAGGAGAAAUGGCUGAUUCCAAACCUCAAGUCCCUACCUAGACUUGCUGCUUCACGCCUUAUAUCUAUAAUGAGGUCUUAG